AUAUGGCGAGUGGAAUCAGGGCCGGCAUUGCAUUGGAGGAAGUAGAUCAAAAUGAUGAGGGGCGGAAAAGUUCUUCAGGGUUCCAAGGGGCAAAAAAGGUGGCGGAACUUCGCAUAAAGGAGCUUCCAAAAGGGUAUCCUCCUCCGCUUCUUCUCGCUGCCGCUUUCUACUUACUAGGGUUUUAGGCGUCUCGCUUGAGCAGAGGACCCGGAAAUGGAGGCCUCGACGAGGCCCCUGCGGCUGAGAUGCUCGGUCCAGGGCGCCUCGGUGAUGAAUGGGUCGCGAGGCCCGCCUCCAGGAUUUCCGUGGCGGAGAUCGAGCCGAACAAGCCCUAUGCCGAGUUCUGGAUGGGAAAUCACGAGUCUGGGCCGCCCUUCGUGGUCCUGCACGAGCCGGAAGGUCCAAACCUCGAUCUUGUUGCCUUGAAGUCGUGCAUUGCGGAGAACCCUAGCAUGCUGGGAGAGAAGGUCGUGGAGAGGUGGGGGAAUGAUCUUCCCUUCUUGUUCAAGGUUCUAUCGGUAGCCAAGGCAUUAUCGACACAGGCCCACCCCGACAAGGAAUUAGCUACAAUGUUGCACAAGACAAGGCCAAACCCUAUAAGGAUUGUAACCAUAAGCCCGAGGUGGCGAUUGCUCUUACAGAAUUCAAGGCCCUUUGUUGGUUUGUCAGCAUUGAGUUCAUGUACGGAGAACUAGUGGGCAAAGAAGUGUGGAGCUUGUUGACGGGGCAAGCUGCUGAUGCUGUAGUUCUUCAUUCUUCUACUUAUCCUUGUUUUCUGUCAUCCUGCCCGAAGUGUAUCUUUUGAGACCUUUGAGAUGGGGGAGAUCACAACAUAGAAUAAAAAAGAAGGAAAAGUGGGAAGCUACUUGUAGAGCAACAAUAUGACUUCCAUGGGAUAGCCAGCUUAGCCAGCCAACUAGUGUUGCAUCUUGGAAGGCUGAACAAAGUAGUGUUGCAUCUUGGAAGGCUGAACAAAGUAGUGUUGCAUCUUCAAGGCUAAGCUAAACUAUGUGUUGCAUCUUGGGAAGCCAGAGUGGCCAUCGGCCAGUGAAUCUAUGGAGGGACUACCAGUUCAAGGAGUUCUCUAUAUUAUAAUACAAACUACUCUCUGUAUUCAUCGGUGGUAUUGAGCUUUCAUAUGUACUGGGAUGUUGUCACUUGUUCAGCCCUCGAUGCAGAUCCUUUUUUAAUGAAAAUACGUGUUAAUUUGUCAAGC